CUUCGUCUGACAUGCAAUUUGCAUAACUAGACCAUAACUGUAACCACUCGAUGCGGUGAAUGCCCAUAGUCUUGAUCGAAGAGUGCCUUUGAAGCCAUCGACAGAAUGUGCACGAACUGUAAGUCUUACAUUUCUGAAUAGCUGCAAGAGUGUUCGUACAGAUAAGGUUGAUGUGAACAUCAAGGAAGGUGUAAAGGGACAGCGCACAGUGACUGUAUUUCUUGUUUGGAUGUCCGCUAAAUACACCAGUUAUAGUUCUGGCCAGAACAAUCGAUAGGAAAGUGUAUCUAGUACUUCUCCCGAAGAAAGCUAAUUGAUUGAUAGGCCAAAUAUAUCAACCACAUUAUAUUGGUUGAUGUCGAAUAUGCUCCAUUAUUGACAACAAGAUGUGAAUCGUAUGAGCAUAUGGAGUACUAAUCAUCCCACAAGUCCAUUCCAUGUGAAAUCAAGCUUUUCCAAGCCUCGGACUGUUUUUCUCCAUCCACACUUCAAGUGUUCCAACAUGUUAUAUCAGGUAACGUCAUAUUCAGAACAUGGACAUCAUCACUUGAGUGAAUCUAUCAAUACAUAAUAACCUGUUCUUCUUCAAUCUACCCCCUCGACCCUUUUAAUCAUUACAUGGUUCAAGCCGUCAAACGAAAUCUCAAUCCCCUCAAAUACAACAAUCUUACAUCAACCCCACACAAUCAUAACAACCUCCGAAUCCCCUCACUAACCACUCGACAACAAUCAACCAUGUCAUCCCGCAAUCAUACACAUCAAAAACACAUCUCCUCCCACCACAAACGUACCAAACCCAAUGAGAAACAUCCCCAGUUCGGCCAUCUACCCCUCAGCACCAGCGGUCCAUUAGAAUGUGCUCUUACGGGUACCGCACUCCUCAACACGCCAUAUCUGAAUAAAGGAGCGGGUUUUCCAGCAGAUGAACGAAGAUCCUUCAAGUUGACGGGUUUGUUGCCGUCGAGCGUAUCGACUUUGGAUCAACAGGUUAAGAGAGCUUAUGAGCAGUAUAGUUCAAGAGACAGUGAUUUGGCCAAGAAUACUUUUAUGACUUCGUUGGCCGAUCAGAAUGAGGUUCUUUAUUACAGAGUGAGUUUUCUAUUUUUAUUAGUCACACGAUAUCUGGCUGGGCUCUUCUAGUGAUACACAUUUUGGACUUUUUGAGUAUCACGGGAAAUAUGAUACAUAUCUGAAUUUAGACACAAGAGACAGCUAUUCUAAUUCAUGAUAGUUAAUUCAAGAACAUAUGAAGGAAAUGUUCUCCAUUAUUUAUACACCAACAGAAGGCGAGGCAAUUGAGAACUAUUCUAGAGUAUUUAGAAGACCUGCUGGUUGCUUCCUCAAUAUCGAUGAUACGGAUCGUGUUCAUGAUGAUUUGGCCCAAUGGGGUGGACCAAAUGAUAUUGAUUAUAUCGUUGUUACUGGUAUGUGAAGUACAUCACAUUUAUAACAACGGUGCUAAUACUCCAUAGAUGGAGAAGAAAUUCUCGGAAUUGGUGAUCAAGGAGUUGGUGGUGUCUUGAUCUCAGUCGCAAAGCUAGUCCUCACAACGCUUUGUGCUGGUAUUCAUCCAAAUCGAACACUCCCAGUUGUAUUGGAUUGUGGAACCGAUAAUGAGAAGCUUCUCAAUGAUGAUUUGUAUCUCGGCUUGAAAAAGCCCAGAGUAAGGGGAAAAGAGUACGAUGAUUUUGUGGACAAAUUCGUCCAAAAUGCUAGAAAGCUUUAUCCUAAGGCUUAUAUCCAUUUUGAGGAUUUUGGUCUUCCAAAUGGUACGCACGAUUUCCUUCAACUCUAGAAUUAACACUAACAAUUACACAGCCCGAAGAAUUCUUGACAGGUAUCGUCCUGAAAUGGCAUGCUUCAACGAUGAUGUUCAAGGAACUGGAUGUGUAACACUCGCAGCUAUGAUGGCAGGUCUUCACGUGAGCAAAAUCAAGCUUGAAGACACUCGGAUCGUAGUCUUCGGUUCCGGUACAGCCGGAACAGGAAUCGCAGACCAAGUUCGCGAUGCCAUUGCAGCCGAUAGUGGAAAAUCCAAGGAAGAAGCCGCCAAACAAAUCUACUGCGUUGAUAAACCCGGUCUACUCCUAAAGUCACACGGUGACAAACUCACUCAUGCACAAAUCCCAUAUGCUCGCGAAGAUUCCGAAUGGGAAGACAAAGACCACAGAAAUCUUCUCGAAGUAAUCAAAACAGUAAAACCACACAUCCUAAUCGGAACAUCCACGCAACCAAAAACCUUCACCAAAGAAAUCAUCCAAGAAAUGGCCUCCCACGUCGAACGACCCAUCAUCUUCCCCCUCAGCAACCCAACCCGUCUCCACGAAGCCGACCCAAAAGAUAUAAACGAAUGGACCAAAGGCAAAGCCUUAAUCGCCACCGGCUCUCCCUUCCCACCCGUCAAAUACGAAGAUCACGAAUACGAAGUCGCAGAAUGUAAUAACUCGACCUGUUUCCCCGGCAUAGGACUCGGAUGCGUUCUCUCCCGUACAAAACUACUAAGUGAUAAAAUGCUAGUCUCCGCCGUCAAAGCACUAGCUUCUCAAAGUCCAGCGUUGAAAAAUCCAGAUAAGGGUUUAUUACCCGAUGUUGCAGAUGUUCGUGAAAUUAGUGUUCAUAUCGCUAAAGCCGUUAUAAGAUGUUCGGUUGAGGAAGGUCUGGCGCAGGAAAAGGGUAUUCCGGGUAAUGAUGAGGAUUUGGAGGAAUGGAUUAGAGAACAGAUGUGGGAUCCGGUUUAUAGACCGUUGAAAUUGGUGGGGAAGGAAAAGGCUAGUAGACAUGCGAGUGGGAAGAGUGGAACUGCUGAUUAGGGGUUUUUGUGGGUUGAGUUGAGUUGAGCUGUGUUCUUUUCGUGGAUUGCUCUUUUCUGUAUUAUGAUUUCAUUAUAAUUAUGGUUAUGCUAGCAUCCUGACUUGAUAAUGAAUACUUACUUGAUCAUAACCUGCCAUGCAAUCA